GAGUUUAGUUAGAGUUACUAUCCUUCUUUUUACCUCCGAUCCUUUCUUUAUAUGUCGCCAUGACAUACUACGAUCCAUCUCGUGAACCAUCGCUCGACACAAAGGAGAAGUGUCAAGAAAGCAUCCAUACCGUCGUGGCGGAGGAUUCCCGAGAAUAUCCACUGCAAGGAUUGGACCGCAAGCGCUUUGUUAUAGUGUUUGGAACGUUACUGGCAGGCUUUUUCAUGAGUGUUCUGGAUCAAACCGUCGUUAUUACUGCUUUAGAGACUAUUUCAAACGAAUUUCAUGGAGCAGACGACAUUAGCUGGGUCGGAACUGCAUAUCUCGUCACAAUGAGCGGCUUUCAGCCAAUGUAUGGCAUCUUUGCAGACAUCAUCGGACACAAACAAGUCUAUCUUAUCGCUCUGGCCAUAUUUUUGCUUGGCAGUAUCCUCUGUGGAGCAGCACAAAGUAUGAUGAUGCUCAUUAUAUCCAGAGCUGUCCAAGGCAUCGGUGGAGCGGGUCUCGUCACUGUAGUGUUGAUCAUUAUCUGUGAUCUUGUGCCAGAUAUCGACAGAGCCAAAUAUCAAAGCGUUCUUGGUGUCGUUUUUGCCAUUGCUGCAUUGGUUGGCCCGGUACUUGGAGGUGUUUUGUCAGACCUUGGUGCAUGGAGAUGGUUGUUCUACAUCAAUCCGAUCAUUGGCGUACCCGCGAUGGGGUUACUGGCUUAUUAUUAUCCAAAGCAGAAUCACGAGCGAGAUGUACCACUGAGCACCCAGUUGCGACAAGUUGACUAUGGUAGUCUCAUUCUAUUGAUGCCUGGCACGAUCUGCUUGCUUACAGCGGUUCACCUGGGGGCUGCUGACACUGAUUGGGACCAGCCUCGCAUUAUCGCUCUUUUCGCCGUGGGAACUGCAACCAUUGUCACCUUUGUGAUCUCCGAAAUAUGGUUGGUGGAGCAUGCCCCUAUAUUCCCGCGUCGCAUGGUGCUCUCACGUACAAAUACUGCCUUAUUUCUCGCUCAAUUCGCUGGCGGCAUUGUCGAUUAUGCUGUAGUUUACUACGUGCCACUCCAAUUUCAGCUCAUCAAUGGCGAUACAGCUCUCAUUUCAGCCAUCAAGCUGCUGUCCUUCUUUAUCCCGGCGGUCAUCGCGAGUAUCAUUGCUGGCUUCCUUAUUUCCCGAACAGAGCGGUAUCGCCUGUGCUUGUGGCUUGGUUCCGCCAUUGUCAUUGUCGGUUCAGCAUUGAUGUAUCAAUUCGUAGUUGAAUCAACCGAGUUGUAUCAGUAUGCGUCUUUGGCCACGGUUGGAUUUGGCGUAGGUUUAUGCAAGCAAGCCUUUGUCGUUGGUGGACAAGCCGCGGUUUCCCCUAGAGAUCUAUCCAUUGCCACCGCUCAUGGACAAUUCUUCAGAAUAAUUGGAGGUGCUCUCGGUAUCAAUUUGGGGGGUAGUUUGUUAAGUUACUACUCCAGAACCGAUCUGGAGAAACUGUUUACGGAACUGCAUUUCAAGCCUCCCAGUCACAGUCUCGCGCUCCUGAAGCAUAUGCCUGCGAGCCUCCAACAUCGUAUUCUGGCCACCGUUAUGAAUGCAUUUGAUAAAGUAUAUCUGCUCGCAACGGUCGCCGCUGUUGUCACCCUGGUAGCAUGUCUAUUUGUGAAGCAUUAUGACAUUCGCAAACCUAAGGAAUCUAUAAUGCACAAUGAAAAGAAGGAGAUAGCGUAAAAAAAAAAGGAAGAAAGCCUGCAUACUCCAUCACCAUAUAAUCUUCCUACCUAUCGAUUACAUAUGCGACAUUUAUACAACUACACUCAUCUCAUUCAAAAUAAUACUUAGAAACCUCUUCUGUUGACAUGUGCUACAUAAAAUAUGUUACAUAUUUC